CAAAUCAUAGAAUCAUAGAAUCAUAGAAUAGUAGAGUUGGAAAAUGAUCGCAAGGACUUAAAGAAGCCUAAUUUUGACCUAUUUUUGUGUUUUUCCUUCUUUAAACCUCUUCCCCAUUUCAGAUAUGAGACAUGGAGCUGGUCCAAAAUCAAACGGUGACUUUUGUCUUCCUGGGUUUCUCCAGCUUCCCUGAGCCCCACCUAUUGUUCUUUCUCAUAUUUCUCAUGAUAUAUCUCACUGCUUUGCUUGGCAAUGGGCUUAUCUUGGCCACAGCAUCCCUGAACUCUGGGCUACACUCACCCAUGUACUACUUCAUCCGACACCUGUCUUUCCUGGACAUCUGCUACACUUCAGUCACGCUGCUCCACAUGCUAAAGUAUCUAGUGACUGAGAUAAAGACAAUAUCUAUUCAGGGCUGUCUAGUCCAACUUUACUUCCUAGUGGCCUUUCUGGGCAUUGAGUGUCUCCUUUUGGCUGUAAUGGCAUAUGACCGCUAUGUUGCUAUCUGCCACCCUCUUACAUACGUUCUCUUCAUGAACAGAAAGCUGUGCACAGGUUUGGUGGCAACCUCCUGGGUCUGUGGCUUCCUCAAUGCCAUGCUACACACUGCCAUGACUGCUCAGGUGCCUUUCUGUGCUUCUCAUGAAAUUGAAAAUGUAUUCUGUGAUGUUCCACAGCUUCUCAAACUGUCUUGCCAGGACACGUUCUUGAACCAAAUCACAUUGUUUGUAGUCACCUUGCUGCUUGGCGUUAGUCCUUUUCUAUGCAUCAUGGCUUUCUACAGCCACAUUGUGAGGGCAAUUCUGAGGAUCCGCACCACCCAGGGCCGCCACAAAGCAUUCUCCACUUGUUCCUCACAUCUCAUAGUGGUCACCAUCUUCUACAGCACCUGCAUGUUCAAUUACAACCGACCCAGCUCUUGCCAUUCGGUAAAGAUAGACACCUUGGCAUCUGUGCUCUACAAUGUUGUGACCCCAGCACUAAACCCAAUCAUCUUUUCCCUGCGGAAUAAAGAAAUGAAAGAAGGUCUGAAGCAUAUACUCAAACUUCAAAUGCCAUUCUUCCUCUAAUGCCAGCUUAGUAAUCAAAUCCCAUGUGUUACCUGCCAAUUUUAAUAUAUUCUGUACUGUUCAAUUUGUUAUUAAAUGAACAUAAAUGUACUUGGUGGUUGUUGCUGUGGAGGUCAGGUUCACUCCCUUUGCUUAAUGUCCUUCAUCAGUUGCAUGCCACAACACUCAAAUCCAUGGCCUCAAAAAUAAGCAAUCGAAAACUGUCAGUUUCUCUCAUCUUCUGCUAUGUAUCAUGGCUCAAUGCUAUAGAAUCAUGAAAGUUAUAGGUUUGUAAGAUCUUUAGCUUUCUCUGCCAAAGAGUGCUGAUG